GUUUGACCAGGCUGGAUGGGGCAGUAGUGAUCACACUACAGUCCAAGGAGUGAAACGGGAACUCUUUUAAGCAAGAGUCUCAUCCCUGUAGCUCAUCAUGGCACAUCCCACAAUGCACCUGCUGCUGCUCAGUCUCCUCAUCGCCACUGCUGCUGGGAAAGGCCUGGAGAAGGGACCACUGGAGAACAAGGUUUUAGACGUACCAGAGGGGACACCUGUACCUUACGCCCUCUACCAGUUCCAAGCGUCCCACCUCGAGGUUGAUGGGUUCAGAUUGACAGGAGAGACUGAAGGAAAGAUCAGCAUCUCAGAGGACGGCUGGCUCUACCUGGAACAGACCCUGGACUGGGCCCACACACAGACACAUACUCUGGAGCUGGAGGCCUUAGUGGGUUCAGAACCAGUAGAAGGUCCAGUCAGCAUCACCAUCAACGUGUUGGAUGUCAACAACCACGCCCCCUCCUUCAACCAGACAGACUACAUCGGCAUCGUCAAGGAACGUACCCCCGCAGGUGUUCCAUUUGCGCGUGUGUUUGCUACUGACCUGGACGACCCAGAGUCUCCCAACGCCCAGCUGAGUUACACCCUGGUCUCCCAGAUCCCCAACAGAGACAACACCCUGUUCUUCCAGAUCAACAGCAACACAGGAGAGAUUUCUACUACUGCCGAGGGAGAGCGUCUGCUGAAGGCCAGAGAAAGUGUUAUUCAUUCCAGAGGAGGGGACUUCAGUGAUUCUCUGAAGAAGAGGUUUGAUGACUACUGCACCCCCACAAAGGACAUCCCUUAUGAACUCAACCCCUUCUACAGCUGUGUGCAGAGGGCAGAGUCUCGGAGGCUGAACCCUCUGGAAGACCCAGACUUCACGCUGAUUGUUCGUGUGGAGGACAUGGGCGGGGAGUCGGUGAACGCUCUCAACGGUAACGCGAGGGUUAAAAUUGUCGUGCAGGAGAACCUGUGGGUCAAUCCUGGACCGAUCAACCUCAGAGAACAGUUGAAAGGGAUAUACCCCAUGCACAUCGGCAAGGUCCAGUCUAAUGAUCCCAGUGCCUUCUACAGGCUGGUACAGAAAGAGCGGGAGCUGACGUUCCCCUUCAAUGUCACAGAGGAAGGAGACAUUCUGCUGACUGAGGAGCUGGACAGAGAGGACAAGGCCAUGUACAUCCUGGUGGUGUUCGCUGAGGAUAGCUAUGGUAACCAGGUAGACCCUCCCCUGGAGGUGCAGGUGGUGGUGGACGAUGUGAAUGAUAACGCUCCAAUCUGUGAGGAGGAACUCAGUGUGUUUGAAGUGCAGGAGAACGAACCCACAGGCAGCCCAGUUGGACAUCUGAUGGUGCAUGAUGCUGAUGAUGACAACACACCCAACGCGCUGCUCUCCUAUUCGCUGGUGUCCCAAACCCCUUCCUCCGUCUUUACCAUCGAUGGCAUCAGCGGCCGCAUCCAGGCCAAGCAGAUGCUCCAACGCAGAGACGCAACAGAGUACCACCUCACUGUCAGAGUAAACGACCCAGGUUUCAGCACAGAAUGUAAGGUCCUCAUCAAGGUUAUUGACAUCAACAAUGAGCUGCCCAUCUUCGAGAUGAAUGACUAUGGUCGUCACAACCUGUCUGAAGACACAGCUCUAGGCCACACCCUCCUGACAGUAAAAGCCACAGACGCCGACGACCCUGGAACAGGAAGCUCCCGCAUCGAGUUCCACAUAACCGCUGGCAACGAAGACGGAGUUUUCGCCAUGGAGACAGACGACAAUGGGGAGGGCAGGCUUGUUGUUGCUAAGCCUCUGAACUAUGAGACUGCUACAUCCUAUAAGCUACAGAUUGAUGCUCGUAACCCAGAGCCGCUGGUGAGCGGUCUCGAGUACGGCGCUGAGUCGUCCGCCGUGGUCUCGGUGGCGAUCAGUGACGUUGAUGAGGCUCCAGUGUUUGACAUGGACAUUCUGGAUGUCACAGUGCUAGAGGACACCAAGGAGGGAUCUACGCUGCUCAAAAUAGACGCCAAGGACCCAGAGGGCAAAGAGAUACUGUUCAAGAUGGAGGGGGACACUAAGGGUUGGUUGGAGAUUGAUCCUGCUACUGGAGAGAUAAAGAUAAAGAAUAAAGCUGUGCUGGACAGAGAGAGGGUGGAGGCCUUCCACUUUACUGUUGUCGCCUUCGAGAAAGCCAAUCCAGAGCUGUCCUCAGAGCGCGAGGUGUCUGUGAGGCUGCUGGAUGUGAAUGACAAUGUCCCCAAGCUGACAGAGAACCAGGCCUUCAUCUGUGUGAAGAAGCCCCAGCCUAUAGUCCUGACGGCCCUGGACGCAGACGCAGACCCCUUCGGAGCACCUUUCACAUUCAGCCUGGCCCAGGGCAAGAAGUCCCCCAACUGGGACCUAAGCGCUGUGGACGGUACAUCUGCUAAACUGACCCUGAAGAAAUCUCCCAGCGAGGACAAAACCUUCCUAAUCCCCAUCAACAUCAAAGACAACGCUGGCAUGGGCAUCACACAGAAGUUUGAGGUGCGAGUGUGUAACUGCACAGAGCUGGGAUACUGUUUCACCGAGCCAGGCGUUCAUGCAGGGGUGUUAGGAAUGCCCACCACCAUCGGAAUCCUGGCUGGAACUGUCGGAUUCAUCGCCCUGGUCCUGAUCAUCGCUUUCCAUCGUAUAAAGAAGGACAACCAGAAGAAAGUCUUGCUGGGAGAAACGGACGCCAUUCUCUAGAAACACAUGAGAUAGCAUGUGUUUGUUUAAUUGUUAUAUUUCUGAAGAACAGAUCUACUUUGAUUGGUUGUAUGCAUAUGUUAUAAAUACUACCUGGUUUCGUCAUAAUCAUGCACUCAUGCAGCUCAAUAACUUAUUUCCCUUGUCAGUGAAUUUUGUCUGUAUUUAGAAUUUAGACUGUCCAUUCUCAGCUGGUGUGUCUUGACUGGCUGUGUACUGUGUGAUGGUUCAAACACUCCAUUUCAAGCUGCUUGCUGUAAUUGUGUAGACUGUUGCUCAGAGACUUCAGUUCACCGUUUGCCUCUGACUGUUUUUUGUGGUUGAUAUGUCUUUAUACUGAUACUCCAUGAUGUUUUUUUAAUGAGGCCUGAUAUUAGUGAAGAUGCUAGCUAGCCGAGGGUUAAAUUAGGACGGUUCCACCACUUUAGAAUGGGAGAAAGACUGCAUACAGUAAAGAGUAGAAAUGACCAUGGAAAAACAACCGAUGUUGGAGACAGUUCCAACACCUAAACAUCCCUCAGUUUAACCCUUGGUGUUAACUGUUUGACAAGCCCAGUGUAAAUGAGUGCCUGGUGAAUGUCUGAGUGUGUACCAUGUUUAUUAUAGUUUUGUGAUUUUCUAUUAAAUUGGAUUUCUAUUACUAUUUACUAA